AUGGUUAACUUCUGUUCUCCGCCGAAGAAUGCGUUGCUGUUGAUGAGGUGUAGAUCUGAUCCGGUUAAGGUGGCAGAUUUAGCUAACCAGGUUCGUGAGAGGCAGAUGUCGCUUGAUGAUGGCGCGUGUGGAGGAAGAGAAGAGGAUGAAGAGGAGGAGGAGAGGAGGAGAGAAGUUGUAGUUCCUGAAACUCCUAAAGAGGAAGAACUUGUGGAAGAUUCAGAAGAAGGUUUGAAGAUACAUGAGGAAGAGAUUGAAGCUAUGAUCAUCAAACACAUUGAAAACUAUCUCAGAAACGCGGUUGUAGGUUAG